GGAACGAAACCCUCCUUCACACACUCUUUCUCUCUCAUAUUCACUCGAAACUAAGUAAAAGGGAAAGUGAAGGAGGGGAAAUAGUUAUAGCAGUGAGUUUUGAGGAGUGAAAGAUGGCUGGUUACAGGGCAGAGGAUGACUAUGACUACCUUUUCAAGGUGGUGCUGAUCGGUGAUUCAGGAGUAGGGAAGUCUAAUCUGCUCUCUAGGUUCACCAGGAACGAGUUUAGCCUCGAGUCCAAGUCCACUAUUGGUGUUGAGUUCGCUACUCGUAGCUUGAAUGUUGAUGGUAAGGUCAUCAAGGCUCAGAUUUGGGACACUGCUGGUCAAGAAAGGUAUCGUGCCAUCACAAGUGCCUAUUACCGAGGAGCAGUUGGUGCGCUACUUGCGUACGAUGUUACCCGACACUCCACAUUUGAAAAUGUCGAGAGGUGGUUAAGAGAGUUGAGGGAUCACACCGAUCCCAACAUCGUGGUCAUGCUCAUUGGCAACAAAUCAGAUCUUCGACACCUUGUGGCUGUGCCAACCGAGGACGGGAAAUCCUUCUCGGAGAAAGAGUCCCUCUACUUCAUGGAAACUUCAGCCCUGGAAGCUACUAAUGUGGAGAACGCGUUUGCAGAAGUUCUUACGCAGAUUUACCAUAUCGUAAGCAAGAAGGCGAUGGAGACCAGUGAUGAAGGGGCUGCUUCAGGUGUCCCUUCCAAGGGGGAGAGAAUCGACGUUGGUAAAGAUGUGUCUGCAAUGAAGAAAGGGGGUUGCUGCUCAAGCUAAGGAUGUAACAUUAGAAUCUGCAAUAUAUGAUGCAAGCGAUGGGAUUUCUUUGUAAAACCUUGGGUUUUGUAAAAUUUUUCUAAAAAAUGGUACCUACAGUGGACCGGAAUUGAUUUAUUUUUACAUUAAAAAGUUUUUCUAAUGGCUGUUAA